GUUUACAUCCUCCGGCGAUGACAACACGAGUCUAAGCUAUGAGUUCGUUUCGGGUGUUGGCGGGCGUGCUGAGGGGUGGGGGUGCUGGAGGGAGCCAGUGGGUGCGAUUGUGUGGAGGUGGCCCGGCCAGGCGGCUGGUUGAUCCCAGGAGAGGCUGCUCCUCCGGGCCUGAGCCUGCUCUCUCCGCGGUGGCCAGCAGCUCCAGCUAUAUGGAGGAGAUGUACUUUGCCUGGCUGGAGGAUCAUAAAAAUGUCCACGAGUCUUGGGACGCAGUCUUCCGUAACAUGCAGGCCUCCAGUCCGUCUGGCGAGGCGGGUGAGAGACGCCCCUCCGCUCUGCUCCAGGGCCGAACGCUGUCCCACUCACAAGACAUGGCACAGAAAGUGGUGGAGGACCACCUGGCCGUGCACACUCUCAUUAGAGCCUACCAGAUUCGUGGUCACCAUGUUGCCCAGUUAGACCCUCUAGGAAUCCUGGAGGCUGACUUGGACUCCUUUGUUCCCUCCGACCUGAUCACCACCAUCGAUAAACUGGGUUUCUACGGUCUCGAUGAGUCUGAUUUGGAAAGAAGCUUUCAACUUCCCCACACCAGCUUCAUCGGAGGAGCAGACAACACUCUUCCUCUUAAAGAGAUCAUACGCAGACUAGAGACAUCCUACUGUGGUCACAUAGGAGUUGAAUUCAUGUUCAUUAACAACGUGGACCAGUGUCAGUGGAUUCGGCAGAAAUUUGAGACUCCGGGAAUCAUGCAGUUCACUAACGCUGAGAAGAGGACUUUGCUAGCCCGCCUGAUCAGAUCCACACGGUUUGAGGACUUCCUGGCUAGAAAGUGGUCCUCAGAGAAACGUUUUGGUCUGGAGGGCUGUGAAGUGCUCAUCCCUGCCCUAAAGACCAUGAUUGACAAGUCGAGCGCUGCUGGCAUCGACAGCGUGAUCAUGGGGAUGCCUCAUCGGGGUCGACUUAAUGUGUUGGCCAACGUGAUCCGUAAGGACUUGGAUCAGAUCUUCUGUCAGUUUGACCCAAAGUUAGAGGCUGCUGAUGAGGGGUCGGGUGAUGUUAAAUACCACCUUGGGAUGUACCACGAGAGGAUUAACCGUGAGACGGACAAGAAAAUCACUCUGUCACUGAUGGCGAACCCCUCCCACCUGGAGGCAGUGGAUCCGGUGGUCCAGGGCAAGGCCAAAGCUGAGCAGUUCUACAGAGGAGACACUCAGGGAAAAAAGGUGAUGUCCAUCUUGAUACAUGGCGACGCUGCUUUUGCUGGACAAGGAGUUGUGUAUGAGACUUUCCACCUGAGUGAGCUCCCCUCCUACACCACACAUGGUACAAUCCACGUGGUGGUCAACAACCAGAUUGGCUUCACCACAGACCCUCGAGUGGCCCGCUCCUCCCCCCACCCCACCGAUGUGGCUCGGGUUGUCAAUGCGCCCAUCUUCCAUGUGAAUGCGGAUGACCCCGAGGCUGUCAUGUACGUGUGUCGGGUGGCUGCAGAGUGGAGGACCACCUUCAACAAGGAUGUGGUCAUUGACCUGGUCAGUUACAGGCGGUUUGGCCAUAAUGAGAUGGACGAGCCCAUGUUCACCCAGCCGCUGAUGUACAAACAGAUCCGUCGGCAGGAGCAUGUGCUGAAAAAGUACUCCGACAGGCUCAUUGCGGAGGGAGUGGUGACACUGCAGGAAUUUGAGGAAGAAGUUGCCAAAUAUGACAAGAUAUGUGAGGAGGCAUACACAAGCUCUAAGGAUGAAAAGAUUUUACAAAUUCGACACUGGCUCGACUCCCCCUGGCCAGAUUUCUUCACAGCGGAGGGAGAACCCAGGAGCAUGAGCUGUGUCCCCACAGGACUGGGUGAGGAGGUCCUGCAGCACAUUGGCCAGACAGCCAGCUCAGUGCCUCUGGAAGACUUCAAGCUCCACCCUGGUGUGUCUCGUAUCCUGCGUGGUCGAGCUGACCUAGUGAAGAAUCGGCAGAUGGACUGGGCUCUAGGAGAGUACAUGGCCUAUGGUUCCCUUCUCAAAGAUGGCAUUCAUGUACGACUCAGUGGGCAGGAUGUAGAGCGGGGCACCUUUAGUCACCGUCAUCAUGUUCUACAUGACCAAGAGGUGGACAAACGUAUCUGUGUUCCCAUGAAUCACCUCUGGGCAGACCAGGCUCCUUACACUGUCUGCAACAGCUCCUUAUCAGAGUAUGGAGUGCUGGGUUUUGAGCUUGGCUUCGCCAUGGCAAGUCCGAAUGCUCUGAUCCUCUGGGAGGCCCAGUUUGGAGACUUUCACAACACAGCCCAGUGUAUUAUUGACCAGUUCAUCAGCCCGGGUCAGGCCAAGUGGGUCCGCAACAAUGGUAUUGUCCUACUGCUGCCACAUGGGAUGGAGGGAAUGGGCCCUGAACAUUCAUCAGCUCGACCUGAACGCUUCCUGCAGAUGAGCAAAGAUGAUCCUGAUCACUUCCCUGAGUUCAGUGGUGAUUUUGAGGUCCAGCAGCUCUACGACUGUAACUGGAUUGUGGUAAACUGCUCCACACCUGCUAAUUACUGUCAUGUGCUCAGACGGCAGAUUCUGCUACCAUUCAGAAAACCGCUGAUCAUUUUCACCCCAAAGUCUCUGCUGAGGCACCCUGACGCAAGGUCCAGUUUUGACGAGCUCGCUGAAGGCACUAAAUUCAAAAGGUUGAUUCCAGACGAGGGCCUUGCAAGUCAAAACCCAAAUAAAGUGAAGAGGGUGAUUUUCUGUAGUGGCAAAGUCUACUAUGAACUGGCUAGAGAGAGGAAACGGCACAAGUUGGAGAGAGACAUCGCCAUCAUCAGACUUGAACAGAUCUCUCCAUUCCCGUUUGACCUGGUCAGAGCAGAGGCAGAGAAAUAUACCAACGCUGAGCUGGUGUGGUGUCAGGAGGAGCACAAGAACAUGGGUUACUACGAUUACGUCCGGCCGCGCUUCCUCACAGUGGUGGCCAACAGGAAGCCAGUUUGGUAUGUGGGAAGGGACCCUGCAGCUGCUCCUGCGACAGGGAACAAGGCCACCCACCUCAACGAGCUGAAGAGGUUCAUGGACACAGCGUUCAACCUGAGCGCCUUCCAUGGAAAGGACUUGUAACUGAGAACUGGAGCGAGAACCAGACUGGAGGUGCAGUUUUAUCUCCAACCAUCAUGGUCUAUUUAUUAAGUCUUGGUGUGACAAAUUGGCACAUUUUAAAACGCUUUUAGCUUUGUGACAAUCUGGAGCAUAGUGUUUUUAGUAAACGCAUUUUCACCCCCUAAUAAUCUUAUGUGAAAGAUAGAUCGACAGCAAUAACCGACCUAUUCCUGUAUCAGACUGCACAUUUAUGUUUAUUGAAAUUCUCUCUUUGUCAGAUUUAGUAAGUGAUCAUUGUUCAAACCCGACCAACAAUAGCUUGCAGUCUUUCUCGACCUGCAACAACUAUGAUGUGAAGGCAUCAUGAAGCACAACUAGGCGAGAGAAGGCAAAAAAUUGGACGCACUAGUCCUCCCAGGGGCCUCACGAGUAUCCCAAACACUGAGACAUGGGAUAGAAUGACAAAUUGCUGUGCUCUGACCAUGUCCCACGUCAAGUGAAUUCAAGUUGUUCUUAUUUAUAUAGCCACAAAUCACCCUCUAUAACCCUUUGUCCUUAUACCCUCAGUUUGGAUAAGCGACACUCCACACAAAACACCUCAUCUGUGGGAUCAGUCCAUUUACAGGCUAAAAUGAUGUAGUCUGGAUCUGCCCUUUAAUCAAUCAACUAUAUUCAGCACAGGACAUUUACUAUAUAAGGGCUUUAACAGAAUAAGUACAAUGUAUGUAUGCACCACAAAGUCUUGUCUAAAGAGAACCAGGCACAAAGACUGUCAGCCUCUAAACUGAAACAACUUCAAUUCAAAAUAAAAUAAAAUAUAACACAAACGUCAAAUAAAGGUCACAUAAUUGUCACCCAGUUGAGUGAUGAAGUAGCAACAGUACACUCUUUGUACCCCUAAUAACAUUCACACACCAAAGUCUAGAUUUGUGACAAUCACGGUUAUUGGAGUAGCUUUAGUACUGUAGAUACGUCCAUUGCUGCCAUGCUGAAUACUGGUACAUAAUAGUAGUAUAGAUUUGUAUUUGUAUUGAUUUUUGUAGAUGAGUAACAGAAGCUAUGAGACCCACACAAAACACCAACUGGUGUAAAUAAACAAUGAAUGUGAAAUACAUAUCGCAGGUAUAAAGACUGUUUUGAAAUUUAACACAUCAGUAGGUUUAGUGCCUUUGCUUUGGCUACCUUAGCUGUAAGUGAAGGACUGUGUAUUUAUUGUCACACCUCACUUCACCAGGAGACGUGAGCCAGCUGGCACAGCCACUUGAAGCCAUGUUUUCUAUUUAGGACAUAAGGCUCAGCUUCCUCUUUGGAGGCUGAGGGAUGCACACACAUAAAUACAGCAACGCUUUGGAUGCUUUCAGAGCAAUAUUGCCGCUUGGUUGUCACAUUAAAAUCCCCAGGUAUUUAACAGAAUAGAUAUUAGUUACCACUGUGCUUAGAAAUGUUAUGCUUCCUGUUUAGCUAUACUGUAGCUUACCCUUUUUCACUUUCUGCUGUGAGAUUUAACCAUAAACUAUGCACAGAUGUAAUUUAGCAUAUCUAAUUAUUUUAAAGACGGAUUAUGUGUGUUAGUUUUUUAAUGCAAAAAUGUUCUUCCACAAAUGGGUGUGCAU